AUGGAGUUCAACCCAACGAGAAGCAUUGUCCACAACGAAGGAUGUGAUCUCCACUACUGGUAUCAAGGUUCCGGCCCUCUCAUCAUCUUCAUCCCCGGUGGAAACGGCCACGGAAUGCAGUUCAACAACAUCAUCGCCGCUCUAUCAGACCGAUUCACCUGCGCAACCUUUGAUCGUCGCCAAAUGUCAGCAAGCCAAGUCCCCGUCAACAAACGCCUCAGUCCUCCUCAACAAGCUCGCGACAUCCGUGCCGUCAUCAAAGCCGUCGGUUUCGAUAAAGCUAUUCUCUUUGGCAGUAGUUCUGGUGGUAUCUUCGCAUACCAAUUCGCCCAUGACUUUCCCGAAAUGGUCGUUCAUUUGAUCGCUCACGAAGCCGGUCUUGCAAUGCUUCUACCAGACGCAACGCAGAUUCUUGAGUGGAUGUACGGCCUUCUAGAACUUUUCGAGACGCAGGGUCAAGAAGCUGCUGCUAAAGAGUUUGAGAAAUGUCUCAUUGGGUAUGAUGCUGAGGGCAUUCCCCAGGCUGGACCGCCUGACCCAAGGAAUCAGAAGAACUUUUGGGAAUACGAAUGGGCGCCGUUGGUUGGAUACUGUCCCAACAUGUUUCGGAUUAAGGAGCACGGGGUCAGUGUUGGUGUGAUGAGAGGUGUCCGAUGUAAAGAUGCUUUCUACGCGAGAGCGAUUGAGGAGCAGGCCAAGAUUUUGGAGUGUCCCAGGAUGACGGUGCCUGGGCACCAUGAGGGGUUUCGAUGUGAGACGAAAGAGUUUCUCCCGUCACUGUUGGAGAUGCUUGAUACUCUGGAGAAGAGGAAGUAG